AUGUCGUCGCCCACCGCAAACUACAAAUUCAACCAGAUCGGCAUAAGAGUCUCUGACCUCCAGCGAUCCUUACACUUUUACCAGGAUGUGCUGGGUAUGAAAGAGCUUGGACGUAUGGAGUUUGAGACUGUGAAGAUUUGCUUUGUGGGAUAUCCUGAAGGGGCUGCGGGCCCAGAUGGGACCGCGACAGGCAGGUCGUUUCUGGCGAGAGAAGGCGUGCUGGAGUUGAUCUGGUCGGAGCACUCCUCGAAACACAUAACCAAUGCCAACGAGCACCCAGGGUUUGGCCUGAUCAAGCUCUGCUUCACGGUUCCAGAUAUCUCAGCUUGCAUGAAACGAAUGGAAGACAAGGGAGUCAAAGUCCUCAAACAGCCCGGCAGUCCGCAAGGUCUGGAAGUGGCAGCGCGGGCCACUGGGGCAGAGAUGCCUGAGAAGGGGAGAAACCAGGGGCUUUGGAAGGCCGUCACUGGAGUAGGGUUCGUCGAGGAUCCUGAUGGGUACUUGAUCGAACUCGUGCAGUACUGA